GCGACCGGCUGUAUAUAUUGGGCUGUCCAACUUUUCCAGUGUCACACUUUCUCACGUGUGGGUCAGCUUGGACAGUAUCCAGUGGAAAAUGUCGCAGUAUUCUGGAAAGAUCGUGUUUUACGAGGGCCGCUGCUUCACCGGCAGGAGGCUGGAGGUGUACGGCGACUGCGAUAACUUCCAGGACCGUGGUUUCAUGAACAGGGUGAACUCCAUCCGUGUGGAGAGCGGCGCCUGGAUCUGCUUCGAUCAUCCCGACUUCAAGGGCCAGCAGUAUAUCCUGGAGCGCGGAGAGUAUCCCGAGUUCCAGCGCUGGAACUCCCACAACGACCACAUGGGCUCCUGCAAACCCAUCAGGAUGCACGGAGAGCACUACAGGAUGGAGAUGUUCGAGGGCUGUAACUACACCGGUCAGUGUAUGGAGUUCUGUGACGACUGUCCCUUCCUCCAGAGCCGCGGAUUCAACACGAACUGCGUCAACUCUAUCAGAGUGUUCGGCGACGGAGCCUGGGUGAUGUAUGAAGAGCCAAACUUCCGUGGUCGCAUGUAUAUUGUGGAAAGAGGAAACUACUGCAGCCAUAACGAGUGGCAGGCGCAGAACCCCAACAUCCAGUCCAUCCGCAGGAUCGUCAACUACUUCUAAACCCUCCACGCGCUGCUCUCCUCAUCCUGUCUUCCCUUCCUUUCUCUGAACAUGUACAAUAAACACUGAGAACCAAAACCAACACGGGAUUUUAUCACACGA